AUGUCGUCCGGUGAAGGAAACGAGCAAGAGCCCCCAAAGCGCGAUGUUCGCAAUCACAUCCUCUUCGAAAUUGCGACAGAAGUCGCCAACCGAGUCGGAGGCAUUUACUCUGUCCUGAAAUCCAAGGCUCCUGUCACAACCGCAGAAUAUGGCGAGCGCUACACUCUCAUCGGCCCGUUGAACCGCAACUCCGCGGCCGUGGAGGUCGAAGAGCUCACACCGUCAAACCCUGCAUUGAUCGAAACGAUAGCGUCCAUGAAGGAGCGCGGCAUUGCCAUUGUCUACGGUCGCUGGCUUAUUGAGGGUGCGCCCCGCGUACUCCUCAUUGACACCGGUACUGGCUACAAGUAUCUCGACGAGUGGAAAGGAGAUUUGUGGAAUACCGCUGGGAUUCCCUCGCCUUCUGCGGACAACGAGACAAACGAAGCGAUUGUCUUUGGGUACCUGGUGGCGUGGUUCCUGGGCGAGUACAUUGCGCACGAGCGCCGGCGCGCCGUUGUCGCUCACUUCCACGAGUGGCUUGCGGGUGUCGCCCUCCCCUUGACCAAAAAACGCCAUAUGGACUUGACCACUAUCUUCACUACCCACGCGACGCUUCUCGGUCGGUACCUCUGCGCGGGUUCGGUCGACUUUUACAACAACCUGCAGAACUUUGACGUGGAUGCAGAGGCUGGUAAGCGAGGGAUCUACCACCGAUACUGUAUCGAGCGCGCCGCGGCGCAUUCAGCAGAUGUAUUCACUACCGUCUCCCACAUUACUGCGUUUGAGAGCGAGCAUCUUCUGAAGCGGAAACCUGAUGGAGUUCUCCCCAACGGGUUGAACGUCAAGAAGUUCUCCGCCGUCCAUGAGUUUCAGAAUCUGCACUCUCAGUCCAAAGAGAAGAUCAAUGAGUUUGUUCGUGGACACUUUUACGGCCAUAACGAUUUCGAUCUGGAUAAUACUCUGUAUGUGUUCACAUCUGGUCGGUAUGAGUUCCGAAACAAGGGUGUGGACAUGUUCAUUGAGGGGCUGGCGCGUCUUAACCACCGGUUGAAGGACAGCGGAUCUAAAACGACCAUUGUUGCGUUCAUCAUCAUGCCGGCGCCAACAACGUCCCUCGCUGUUGAGUCCCUCAAAGGUCAGGCCGUCGUAAAGUCUCUCCGCGAGACGAUUGAAAUGAUCGAGAAGGGGAUUGGAAAGCGAAUGUACGAGCGUUGUCUAUCAUGGAAGGAAGGUCAGAACAUGCCCGACGAGAAAGACUUGAUCACCAGUCAAGACCGCGUGCUCUUACGGCGCCGGUUGUUCGCGAUGAAGCGACACUCGCUCCCUCCUAUUGUUACACACAAUAUGGUCAACGACCACGAAGACCCAAUCCUCAACCAGAUCCGUCGUGUCCAGCUUUUCAACCAAGAAUCGGAUCGCGUCAAGAUUGUCUUCCACCCAGAGUUCCUGAACUCCUCCAACCCCGUGCUGCCUUUGGACUACGAUGACUUUGUCCGCGGCACACACUUGGGAGUCUUCCCGUCUUACUAUGAGCCAUGGGGCUACACUCCCGCGGAAUGUACCGUGAUGGGUGUUCCCAGCAUCACGACAAAUCUGUCUGGUUUCGGCUGCUAUAUGGAGGAGCUGAUUGAGAACUCGUCUGACUACGGAAUUUACAUUGUCGACCGUCGAAUGAAGGGUGUCGAUGAUUCGGUUAACCAGCUGACCGAGUUCAUGUACAACUUUACUCUGAAGAGCCGUCGACAACGGAUCAACCAGCGCAAUCGCACCGAGCGUCUCAGCGACCUUUUGGACUGGAAGCGUAUGGGAUUGGAAUACGUCAAGGCCCGGCAGUUGGCUCUGAGAAGAGGUAUGUAUCCUGAAGACCUGGCAAGUGCGCAUGCUAAUCAUCGCACAGCGUAUCCUACAUCAUUUGAAAAUGCCGACGAUUACUUUGACAUCAUUGGCGGGACAGAGCAGAAGAUUUCGAGGCCCCUGUCUGUCCCCGGAUCGCCACGGGAUCGAUCUGGAAUGAUGACCCCUGGUGACUUUGCGUCUCUCCAGGAAGUCAAGGAAGGCCUCUCGACAGAAGAUUAUGUUGCUUGGCGUCUUCCGACAAGCGAAGAAGACGACGCGGAUGACCAAUUCUACCCUCUCACUUUGCGAACGAAGAAGUCAGAUCGACCCUCCUCACCUCUGGACCGGAUAUCUGUCAACGGCCAAUCACCAUAG